AUGCGACGCAUCGCAGCGGGAAUAGCGCCCUAUUUUGUCGUAUUCUCGGCGAGCGCGUGCGGACUGAUCAUCGAGAUUGUCGCUUCUCGCCUUCUCGCCCCGAUGGUGGGCGUAUCGCUUUUCACAUGGACCAGCAUUAUCGGCGUUGUGCUGGCGGGCAUCAGCCUCGGCAACUAUCUUGGCGGCGUCUUGGCGGACAAAUACCCCUCUCCCAAGACGCUUGGCAUCAUCCUGUUGGGAGCUGGGCUGACCAGCCUUGCGGUCCUGCCGAUGCUCGCGCUGGUGUCUGGGCUGUACGACGCGCUACAUGUCCUGCCGCGCAUCGUGCUCAUCACAUCCACGCUAUUCCUUGUCCCCAGCGUCAUCCUGGGAAUGGUCACGCCCGUAGUCAUCAAGCUCCGGCUGCGAAGCCUCGCACAGACCGGUAAUGUAGUCGGCAAGAUAUACGCCCUUUCCACCGCGGGCAGCAUCUUCGGCGUGUUCAUCACAGGUUUCGUGCUGAUCCAGUGGAUUGGGACGCGCCCGAUACUGCUUGGGGUUGCCGUGUUCCUGGUUCUCAUGGCAAUCGUGUUCGGGAGCCUGUGGCGGAUGCGGGUCGUUGGCGCCGUAGCGUUGGUACUCUUCGCGGGCAUCGCAGGCAUGGGCAUCGCCGGGGAUUCACUCGAAUCAGAGUGCCAGGUGGAAAGCAACUACUUCUGCAUCAAGGUCAGGGAACGCGAGAUAGAAGGUCGGAAGGUGCGAACACUCACGCUGGACAGGCUUAUACACAGCUAUGUCGAUUUGGACGACCCGACUUUCUUCGUAUACGGCUAUGAGAAGAUAUUCGCGGACAUCUCCACGAUGGUCGGGUAUUCCAAGCCGCAGUUCAGCGCGCUCUACAUCGGCGGUGGCGGCUACUCGAUGCCUCGCUUCUUGGAAUUGGCUUAUCCGGAAAGCCGCCAGGAGGUCAUCGAAAUUGACCCGGCGGUUACAAGGGUUGCGCACGAAUACCUGGGGAUGCCGCGCGACACUCGCAUCAUCACGCACAACCAGGACGCGCGAAUGAAGAUACCGGAACUGGAACCGGGCACCUAUGACAUCGUUGUGGGCGAUGCAUUCAACGACGUAUUAGUGCCGUACCAUCUUACGACGAUGGAGUUCAACGAACAGGUCAAGCGGCUGCUGACGGAAGACGGCAUUUAUGUUGUGAACGUCGUGGACAAGUUUCACAGCGGAGGCUUCCUGCGCGCCGUAGUUACCACACUGAGGGCAUCCUUCCCGCAUGUCUAUCUGUUUGCGGACAGCAAGGACUUCGAGAGCGACAAUCGCUUCACCUUCGUUGUGGCGGGCGCGUUGCAGCCGUUCACCUACGCGGAUGUCUUUUUUGCGAGCCAUGCCGAGCAGCGCGGCGAUCCUGAGCUGGUGUUGAUGCCGCAGGACGAACUCGAUGACUGGCUCGGUCUCAAGCGAAACAUCCUGCUCACGGACGACUAUGUGCCGGUGGACAACUUGCUCGCGCCGGUAUUUCUGGAUAUUCCCUAA